AUGCCCCCUCCUCUCCCCCUCCGCCGCCGCCUCCUCCUCCGCAACCCACCGCCGCUCGCCGUCGUCGCCUCCGUCCGCCUCUCUCACUUCGACCCCUUCGUCUCCUCCUCCUCCGACGAUGACGAACCCCCCCUCGCCGCCGAGCUCUUCCCGGCCGCUGGCGCGCCCACCCUCCUCACCGUUGCGCGCGGGCUCGCCGCCGACCCGAGCCCCACCGUCCCCUCCGUGCUCGCCUUCCUCCGCCGCCUCCCCCGCGACGCCUCCCCGCACCUCUUCCCCCACCUCGUCGCCGCCCUCUCCCGCUCGCCCGGGGGCUCCCUCCUCGCGCUCCGCCUCUUCCUCGCGCCGCUCCACCCCCCCGCCGCCGCCGUCACCCACCACUCCUUCAACUCCGCGCUCCUCCGCUUCCCGCUCCCGCCGCACCUGCUCCCGGCCUUCUUCUCCCGCUCCCUCCGCAAGUUCCCGCGCCUCGCCCCCACCCUGCUCUCCUUCAACCUCCUCCUCAAGUGCGUCUGCUCCUCUCUCGUCCCGAGGGACCCGCGCCUCUACCUCGACAUCGCCCUGCGGGUGCUCUACGACAUCAUUCCCGCGUGGAACCUCGCACCGGAUAAGUUCACCUACUCGACGGUCGUGUCCGCGCUCGCCGGUGCAGGCCGGGUGGAUGAUGCUGUGGCGCUGGUGCACGAGAUGGUGGCAGAUGGGCUGGUUGCGGCCGAGGCAUUUAAUCCCGUUCUGAAGGCGAUGCUGCGUGGUGGGGAUGCUAAGGGUGCAGCCAAGAUGUUUGGGUUUAUGCAGCUGAAGGGGUGUGUGCCGACUGCCGCGACAUACAAUGUGCUGGUGCAUGGUCUGUUGGUCUGCGGGAGGGCCGGGGCGGCAAUGAGGGUGGUGAGAAGAAUGGAGAGGGAGGGGGUAUUGCCAGGUGUGAUGACCUAUGGUGCAGUGGUUGAUGGACUGGUGAGGUGUGGGAGAGUGAAGGAUGCAUGGAAGAUCGCCAAGGAAAUGGAGAAGAGCGGUCUUGCACCAAAUGAGUUUGUUUACUCUGCUGUCAUAACAGGAUUUUGCAAGUCUGGGGAAAUUGGCUCUGCGUUGAAGGUUUGGGAGGCAGUGGCAGCAGGUCCUGUAAGGCCAAACUUUGUUUUAUAUUCAGCAAUGAUUAGAUGCCUGGCUCAUUUUGGGAAAAUGAUGGAGGCUGAAUUGUUGUUUCGAGAGAUGAUUGAUGCAAAAUGUGAACCAAAUAUCAUUACUUAUGGGUCGAUGAUUCAAGGGUAUUUCAAAGUUGGAGAAACGCCACGAGCUCUUUCUGUUUGGGAGGAGAUGGUAGGGGUUGGCUGUGUGCCAAAUGCUAUUAGUUACAGCAUAUUGAUCAAUGGACUUUGCAAUGUAGGGAAAUUGAAGGAUGCUAUGAUGGUCUGGAAGCACAUGCUUGGCCGUGGAUGUGCACCUGACACAAUUGCUUAUACUUCAAUGAUCAAGGGGUUAUGUGCUUCUGGGAUGGUGGAUGGUGGUCUUCGACUAUUCUAUGACAUGCUGGCAAGGGGUGAUGCUGAGCCAGAUGCCAUCAGUUAUAAUGUGCUGCUGGAUGGGCUGCUCCUGGCCAAGGACCUCCCACGGGCAAUGGACUUGCUCAACAGGAUGCUUGACCAGGGGUGUGAUCCAGACAUGGUGACAUGCAAUAUAUUCUUAAGGGAGUUUGGAGCUGGAGAGAUGAAGGGGAGGGAGUUUUUGGAAGGCUUGGUUGUGAGGUUGUGCAAUAGAGGAAGGAAUAUGGCAGCUGGAGAGGUUUUAUUGGUGAUGCUGACUAAGUACAUUGUACCAGAAGCUCCCCUUUGGGAGAUGGUGGUUAGAGAUGUUUGUAGGACGAAGAGAGUUUGGAGAGUGAUUGACAAGUGUUGGGAUGAGAUUUGGGGGCGUUGAAGAUUUCAACCUUUAUGAUUUUUAUUGAUACCAAAGGAGCACGGAGCUCACAUACUGGAGUUUUUUGACACUCCAUUUGUAAGUUGUAAUUUGUAACAUUCACUGAUUCAUUCAUACAAGAUUUUGACUUAAUAAAUUGAUAUCUACUACC